CUGCGCAAAGCCCGCGCGCUCGCUCUCUUCCAGCCUGUCUUGGUGAGGCGAGGCGGUGUCGGCGGCGUCGGCGAGCGCGGCAGCCACCACUACCACUACCACCACCGCCAGUACCGCCACCUCUUCCUCCUCCUCCUCCGCGGAGCGUGGAGAGGGAAAGCGCUUGAGGCGAGAGGAGGAGGCGGCGGCGGCGGCGCGGCUCGGUCCGACCAUGUCGGGCGAGGAAGAAGCGGCCGAGCUGACGAUCGCGGAAGACGUGGUGGUGAACAAGUACAAGAUGGGGGGAGAGAUCGCCAACCGUGUCUUGCGUACUGUGGUAGAGGCAGCUAAAUCUGGAGUGUCUGUCCUCAGCGUAUGUGAGAAAGGAGAUGUCAUGAUCAUGGAAGAAACUGGCAAAAUCUUUAAGAAAGAGAAAGAUAUAAAGAAAGGUAUUGCCUUUCCCACAAGUAUAUCAGUAAAUAACUGUGUCUGUCACUUCUCGCCCUUGAAGAGUGACCAGGAUUACAUCCUUAAAGAUGGUGAUUUAAUAAAAAUUGACUUGGGAGUCCAUGUGGAUGGCUUCAUAGCAAAUGUAGCACAUACCUUUGUCAUUGAGGCAUCGAAAGAAACUCCAGUGACGGGUCGCAAAGCUGAUGUCAUAAAAGCCGCUCACCUCUGUGCUGAAGCUGCCCUGCGCUUGGUCAAGCCAGGAAACCAGAAUUCACAAGUAACGGAUGCCUGGAACAAGAUUGCUCAUUCGUUUAACUGCACACCAAUUGAAGGGAUGCUAUCACACCAGCUAAAACAGCAUGUGAUAGAUGGAGAGAAGACCAUCAUCCAGAACCCUACAGACCAACAAAGAAAGGACCAUGAAAAAGCAGAGUUUGAGGUUCAUGAAGUAUAUGCCAUUGAUGUUCUUAUCAGCACUGGAGAAGGAAAAGCCAAGGAUGCUGGGCAAAGAACUACCAUUUACAAAAGGGACCCUUCCAAACAGUAUGGUUUGAAAAUGAAAACUUCCCGUGCCUUUUUUAGUGAGGUGGAGAGACGAUUUGAUGCUAUGCCUUUCACUCUCAGGGCAUUUGAGGAUGAAAAGAAGGCCAGGAUGGGUGUAGUAGAAUGUGCCAAACAUGAGCUGCUCCAGCCCUUUAACGUCCUCUAUGAGAAAGAAGGAGAGUUUGUGGCACAGUUUAAGUUCACGGUGCUUUUAAUGCCCAACGGCCCCAUGAGAAUAACCAGUGGCCCCUUUGAGCCUGAACUCUACAAAUCAGAAUUUGAAGUUCAAGAUGCCGAUCUGAAGGCACUCCUACAAAGCUCAACAAGCCGUAAAGCCCAAAAAAAGAAGAAAAAGAAGGCCUCCAAGAAUGCGGAGAAUGCCACAACAGGGGAAACAGCAGAAGACAAUGAGGCUGGCGACUGAAUGGUUCUGCUUUCCUCUGCCUCACACCUGAUUCUUUCUCUCACAUGCCCCCCUCUAACAGGAGAAACGAACAUCCCUUCAUUGGCUAUUUGUCUCAUAGGACCACAGGACAAACAGCCUGGACUUCCCACAACGUGCAACCAGCUGAGAUUGACGGCCACUAAGGGAGGAGUCUCUUGGCCACUUCAGAAUACUUUUAAAUGUGUGAAAUAAUAAAAUCAGGAGUAAAAAAACAGUCUACAUUCACUCUUUCUAGCCUUUGAUACUACUUGUGCUCCUUAGAAGUGAGCAAAUGCAGUUCUCAGCAAGAGCGGGAGCUUUCUUUCUGGCUCCAUCUCUCUCUCUCUUUCCCUCUUAAAGGUACUUUAACUCUUCUGAAAAAUCCUUCGACAUCUUUGCAAUUAAUUCUACAUGCAAAAACUCAGUUCCUGACUUUAGAAUUGUAUUACAUGCAGCUAGUAUAACUUGCACGUCACUGCUUUUUUCAAUGUUUAGGCAGUUUUCCCCUCUUAAAAGGCUAGGAUGUUUCUUAAGUUACUAAGGAGGGGUGUCUUUUUUUACAAACCCCAACAAGAUAUUUUAAUUUUUGCAGACAGGCUCUUUGAAGAUUAUUCUGUUCCUCUAGGCAGCGUCAUUGUGUGUCUACAGAAUUAUUUUUCAUUUGGUUAUAUACUACUGUUGGUUUCAAUUCUCAUCCCAGAACAAAAAUAGGUUAAUUAACCACCUAGUAAAAUCUUUUCCAGGCUCCAGAAGUAAUAAAAUCUGAUUUAAUGGGAGCUCUUUGAUGUUUUUUUAAAACAUUUUUUGUGCAUUUGCAUUUACUUAUCCUACACACAUUUGCCUUUUCAUUACUAAAACCUUUCAUUGUAUUGAUGUACGUGAUGACAGGAUUUUUCAGAAGAAUUCCUCUCUAUAGUUUUUACAUGAAUGAAUGGUAUGCUACAGAAUUGGUUGAACCUGAAAUUGACUCCAUUUGUGAGAAUCUCUUUUUAUAGUAUGUCUUUCUAAAUUGUCCAUUUCAAUUGUAUAUGAUUGUGUGGGAUGCUUUUUUUUUCUAUGUUAUUCCAAACCAGGUUCUUGUCUACACCCUUAAUGUAGCUGAAUGGAUUUCUAUAAAACUGUUUUGUGCUGAAUGGCAGGCAAUAUACCCUUCUGUCCAGUAUACCUGGACUUUAGCAUUUAGCAGUCUCAGUUACUACCAAAGUUUAAGACCAUCAAAGGAAUUUUAGAUGUGUCUUUUUUUCUGGUUUCUUCCCCCCCCCCCCUUUUGUCGGUAUGUGUAAACUUCUACUUAAGUUUCUAGAGUGCUUGCCUGCUUUGUUGUAAGGAUCACUUUCAAUGCUGAUUUUGGAAAGUACAAUGGGGAAUGUGUUGAGUGGAGAUUGAAUCAUACAGAAGUAAUGAGCUUGGAGGGGAUCAUGCACAAGACUUGCAAUGAACUGCCAAUUUAAUUCUAAACUGCUCCCAAUUGUGAACCAUGAAUUUAAGAGAGGUGGGGUGGGAUGGGAGAAUACCUUUUGUUCCUCGCAGGGAGCAUUUAUAAGUAAUGUUUUCUUAUUUCCCUUCCUUUAUAGUUCAGCCACAUUACCAGUUUAUAAACCACUAAGGUUGCAGUUUAUUUAAUUUUUCAUCUUUCUUUUGAAAAACUAUAAAGCAAUUGUAUCCCUUGGUUUAAAAAAAAAUGCAGUUGGAAAUUUUUGAAGAAAAUUCCCACAAACUGUUCUGUAACUGUUUUUUUUUUCAAAUAAAAUUGAUUAGUGAUACCCAUGGAUAGAUUAAUGGGUCUGCUAUGUUGAAGGGGUGGAGGAGUCUGAAAUUUGAAAUAUACUUGAAGAAAUGUCUGCUUUUAUGCACUUAAGUAACUGAAAACACGAAGAGUUGAUUAAUCUUACUACCUACCAGAUUCUUCCCAUUUUUGAACAUCUGAAGAUGUGUAAUGCUAGGUUUCUUAUUCAAGCAUUAUGCUUGAUUCAUUGAAUAUUCUACAAUGCAUUUAAGAAAAUAAGCUUAUUUUCCUCCUAUUUAAAAAGUUUCCUUUUCUGAUAUUUUGCUUGCUUUCCCCCUCCCCCCCAUUUUUUAGGAAGAAAAAUCAUUUAAUUCUGGCAUUAAGUACAGUUUUUCUUUGUUUUGGCUAAUUCUGUUUGCAACAAAAUUCUUGGUCCUGACCAUACAUUUUUUCAUACAUCAACAAUAGAGCUCAAUACAUCUUACAUUUCCACCAUUAGAUCAACUAACUCCUCAGUAGUUACUAAUCCUAGAAAAAAGCAAUGCCAACUUUAACUUAACUAAUGGAAAGAAAUCAUUUUAGUCCUAUGCUAUAAAUUUGGUUAAGUGUUGUAGUGCACAAAAUCACACAUGAUGACUUACCAGUUAAUUACACAAAUUUAUUGGUAAGUGGCUACUUCCAACUUCUAAUAACUGCCAAUGUAUAAGGAAGCAGCCUAUUUCUUUGACAGCUUGUAUUGUUCCUGCUGGUCUUUUAUUUUUCACAAUUCCAACCAAAGGGCUUCACAGCACAGUUGAAUUCAAUGCACCAUAGAGCUGUUCAAUUUGGUUUUAAUGCAGGUCGAAUGAAGACCUCUGUUGGGAAUCUGUUUCUAACUUUUGAAGUGCCUUUAUGAGUCUUGAAUAGAAUGUAAUUUAAUUACUGACUUGUUUCUAUACAGGAAAUUGGGAAGCUCCCAACAUGAAUUUUGUUUUGGGUUAUCAGCCAACCUUACUGUGUCUGUCUUGAAUAUCAGUGUUAUGAUCACUAGGUUUAGUAAUAAUAUUUUCAAGCUCUUUUUGACUGCCCUGUACUAGAAAUGUAGAUUUCAAUAAAGCACUUCAUUGUAAUUGGGCUUCAA